CAAUUUGUCCACGCAUUAGAUUUCUAUAAGUUCCAGAUCAGAAGGAUAAACUUCAAUUCAGAUUAAAGGAAACCAUUAAUGUGAAAUAUUUUUGGUCAAAAUAAUAUUUAAAUUUGACCUACCACAUAAUAAAUUGGAGUUUAUCAGCAGAUGGCGCCGUUGCGAUCCCUCACCGCCGUCAACAAAGACCGUUCCGGGUUGUGUGCGACCAUGUGACAGUUCAAAGGGCAUGCAGAAGUCGUGUUGUGCUUUUCCUUCCAGUUUGCAUGCUUGUUUUUUUAGCCAUCCGGUUCUGGUGAUGUGAUGGCUUUCCUGACUCUCUUCCUGAGAAGGCAGCUGCCGCAGGCCGUCAGCUAUUUUGCCCGAGCAGUGAAGCUGGGUCGGCUCGGCUGCGGCGGAGCCCCGUUGAGGAGGCUGCACGCCUCUGGGCGGCAGCGGAUCGGGGAGAAGGGGCCGUGGGGGAAAAACCUGCGGGGUCCGGAGCAGCCGCUGCAGCAGUACCAGCUCACAGACCUCGACAAGGCGGACGCGUCGAUGCUGAGGAAGUCAUAUGAAACAGGGUUCCUGUCGUGGUUUAGGAAUGGCUUGCUGGCGACCGGGAUUGGAGUCAUUGCAUUUGUCCAGAGUGAAGUGGGUCGUGAAGCAGGUUAUGCCUUCUUCAUCCUGGGGGGCGCGUGCGUGUUGUCUGGCGGCGCCUUCUACAUUUGGAGCCUCUUCGCCUUGCGGAGGCUGAUGCUGCUGUCUGUGCCAGCUCUGCUGUUCCAGUGCGGAGUGGUGGGCAGCAUCGUCCUCCUUUGGCUCUGCGCCGUAUCGCUGUACACCGGCCGUCUGGAGGUGGAGAUCAUCCACGAGGACGACGAGGAGGAGGGCGGAGAGGACGAGGGAGAGUGUCAGGAGUGCCGCGAGAGGCGGGAGCAGCGAGGUUACAGAGGCUCUCAGGACAGUGAGGACAGUGGCAGCAAGGGCCGAAACAAGUAGAGGUCUUCCAGGAAUGCUGUGUGUGUGUUUGUUUGUUGCUCUUAUUCAGGGUUUCUGUUAUUUGUAUGUUUAUUCAAAAUGCACACAAGUUAAUGUGCAAACUGUGAGCGUAGAGAUGCAAAUCUGUCAACUAUUGUUAUAAAAGAUUAUUCAGGUGAAGAAAACAGGUUAAAGAUGCUGAAAAAUGUGGAAAAUUUGGCACUUUUGCUGAAUAAACAGGCAUUUUUCUAAAACUUCUUCAGUUCAUCUAAACAUUUUAUUAUUAUUAUUUUUAUUUAUGUUUUGCUUUUUUGUGCCACUAUAUGCAGUCAGGCUCCGCUCAGCCAGCUGUUCUUUGGAUGCUGUUUGUCUUAUCAGCCUGAUCGGUAGAAUCAGUUGUGACUGAUCACUUAAAGUCUUUAACUGAAAAACCUUUCUAUACUGCUGAAAAGACUGCCAGUUUGCUUGUUUCUGAGUGUUUUUGUUUAAAAUAAUCAGGCAAACAGAUACAGAGAGCUUAAGGCUUUCUUUUUACAGUUUUUUAAAUUUUGAUUUUAUAACUGCAAUAGCACUUUUGUCGAGCUUUGUUUUUGUCACUGUAAUUUCUCUAAACUGUUUGGAAAUAUUUGUCACAGCUCUUUAUGUAUUUGAUUACAUAUGAUUAUGUAUUUUGUUUUAUAUUGUUUGAUAUUCAUGUACAGCACCAAACUACAUCCAAAAAUACUUUAGAGUGAAUUUCACAUUUUCAGGUUAUCUCUAAAAGUUCUGUUUUAAUGGUUGUAAAGAGUUGAUGAUUUUAACUAUAUUGAAUUUGUUUGUGGAAAAUGGGGGUUUACUAUUCUUUACUUUUUGUGCACAACAGUGCAUACAGUAAUAAAACCAGAGAAAAUCUA